UCAGAGGGUUUGCAUUCCUUUCCACGUGAUAGGUAUGCGGAUCACACAAUACAUUCAAAGUAUGUAUUGAUAUUCAAAUGAGCCCGUAGGCGAGGCCCGUAUAUAAGCCCGGGUAGGCAGGAACAGGCCAUCUUUUCUUCGUGUGCACGGCACUGCGGGCAACGAUGGACUCUUUGGAGAUUGACGUCCAUGCGGACUUCGACUCUGAAUUUCAGCAGUCUGGCAGAGUCGCUACAAAUGAACACGACAGCUUAGAAGCUAAGCUUCAGGCAAACUCAGAUGACAUUAAAAAGCUGUCAUCCUCUUUUGCCGGCGUGCAAAACAUGCUGCUGACUCUCCUGAAUAAAGACCAGGAAAAAGAAGAAGCGAAAACUGAGGUAACAUGUAACAGCAUCUUUGAGGAUCAAGGUUGCUUUGACCCAUGUCUAGACUUUGAGCUGAUCAGUAACGUGACAGCAAAUUCUCCCAAGGUUGACAACCAGGGAGAUUUUGAUAUCCUGCCUUGUGGUGACUUGUAUGAAAGCACUGAAGCUAAAGGCCCUGAGAUAUUUGCAAAUUUGGCAGAUAGAGCCAUUAAGGCUGUUACCCUGCCCAUUAAAAAGAAAAACUAUAAUAAGAUUGCAGAGAAAUAUACCACCCUUGCAAACUCACCUGCGGUGACCGCACCCAGAGUAGAUGCGGAUUUGUGGAGCACAAUUCCCGCAACAGCCCGCACCAAAGAUGUGGCUACCCAAUUGAUCCAAAAACAUGUGGUAAAAGGCAUGAUACCAUGCUUCCAUAUUAUAAAUGAGCUGCGAGAAGCAACCAAAUCUGGUAAUCCAGUUAACUCAGAAAAAAUCAAACAGUUUGCUCUAGAUGGUAUAACCCUAUCUGGCAAUGCAUCGUACGAACUGAGUAUGAAAAGACGGGAAGAAUUAAAACCCUGUCUCAACCCAAUGUAUAGGGGACUUUGUUCGCGUAACACCCCAGUUACUGAAAAACUAUUUGGCCAAGACCUUAAUGGUUCAAUGAAACAGGUGGCCGAAGCUUUUAAAGCCGGCAGAAAGUUGACUUAUUCAGAUAGCAACAAAAGAGCUCCUCGGCACCAGCGCUAUGUACCAUACACACAAAGAGCCAGAGGCAAUCGCCACGGCUGUAAUGCUGAACGUGGAUCAAGGGAUCAACCCUAUGGACGCUCAUCAACACCUUCAUAUUAUGCCAACACCCACAGCGGCAAUCGCCGAGGGGGUACAUUUGGACGACAUCAGGCCAAGCCUGCGACGUCCACUCAAGACAGAGACAAAAAACUGAUGCCAGCAAUACAGGCUGGGGAGCUGUUUCAGAAACGGACAAUUCCUAAAUUCAGGGAUUCUGGACAAAGUCUCACGAGACCAAUCACCAGUUUGCAUUCUCAUAGCACCUAUGUGGAAAGCUCAACCGUGGUUCCCACAGCUACUCCACAUGCUCAUCGCCAACCCAAUCAAACUACCGGAGGAUUGCCUAGUACCUCAACCCCAACAACCGAUUCCCAACCUACACCUGGCCGCUUGGGUCAUCUCAGGGAACACUGGAAAGCAAAAGGCUUUUCAAUUGAAGCUUCCAACCUCAUUGCCAAUUCCUGGCGAUCCAGAACUCAGAAACAGUAUGAGUCUGCAUGGAAGGGUUGGAUUGGUUGGUGUUAUCAACAAAAAACUAAUCCUUUAUCACCCGCUAUAGCGGAUAUUGUCAAUUUCUUGGCCCAUGAAUAAUCAAUUGGAAGGUCAUAUUCCACUUUGAACUUGUAUAGAUCAGCUCUAUCAUCGACCCUACCUUUAAUUGAGGGACAUGCAGCCGGUCAACAUCCUCUGGUUGUAAGGUUAAUGAAAGUUGUAUUUAAUAUCACACCUCCCAAACCGAAAUAUAAUCAAAUGUGGAGUGUUUCUACUGUUCUAGAUUAUAUUACUUCUUUACCUCAAAAUAGUGAGCUUUCACUACUAAGUUUGAGCAAGAAACUGUUAGCUCUAUUUGCUUUGGUGUCCGCUCAGCGAACUCAAACACUUGCUAAUAUUGAUCUUAAGUAUCUUAAUUUUUUGGAUAAUAGUUGUGUCAUAUUAGUAAUGGAGAUCUUAAAGACUAACUCUCCUAAAAAGGGUAUAUCUAACAAUAAGAUUGUUAUCCCUAAAUUCGACGAGAACCCCAAAUUACGUGUUCU